GGGAAAAAAGAGCAUUGCUAGCAGUUAGCUUGAACAUGGCUUCGUUUAUCAUCAAACCUGCUCACCUUCGCUGUGUUUUAAGGACAAACAGACUCUUCUGGGAGCUCCGGUCAAGGAUAACACUGUGUUUAGACAGAAGUUAUGCAACCGAAGGAGACAACAGAGUACCUAAAAUAUAUACCAAAACUGGAGACAAAGGUUUCUCAAGUACAUUUACAGGAGAAAGGAGACCAAAGGAAGAUGACAUUUUUGAAGCCUUAGGAAAUACGGAUGAGCUGUCAUCAGCUAUAGGAUUGGCCAGAGAAUUUUGCCUCGACAAAGGUCACACGUUCACACAUCAGCUGGACAAGGUUUUCAUGUUCCAUUUAUUCAUUUUAAAGAUACAUUUCAAAUUGGCCAGAAAGAUAGUGUGCAAGUGUAUUUUUCCCAUGUCAUUGCAGAUACAGUGCAUUUUACAGGAUGUAGGCUCCAAUAUCGCCACUCCACGAUCAUCUGCAAGAGACAGUCACAUAAAGAGAACUAAAUUUACUGCUCAGCCCAUUAUGGACCUGGAAACAUGGAUAGAUAAGUUUACAAAUGAACUCCCUCCAUUGACCAACUUCAUUUUACCCUCCGGAGGGAAGAGCAGCGCAGCUUUGCAUUUAGCACGGACAGUUUGUAGGAGAGCAGAACGCUGUGUUGCUCCUAUUGUGCGUUCAGGGGAGGCUGAUCCAGAUGUUGCCAAGUUUUUGAACAGAUUGAGUGACUACCUGUUCACAGUGGCCAGAUACGCAGCCAUGAAAGAAGGCAAUGAGGAGACAAUCUACAAAAGACCUGAAUGAGGAGAUGGUCAGAAAUAUGUCAUAUGUAAAUAUGUCAAUAAACGAAGACUAAAAUUGUUA